GUUUUCUGGGUUUGACACAAACAUGCACUGCACUGAAACACAAACAGCUGACCGAACUCUCUGGCCUCAUUCUGCUCUUAUUGAUGUGUGUCUGUCAGUGAAAGGACCGCAGGACAAAGAGCAGCGAUGGGUCUGUGUGGGGCUCACAGGAAACAAAGAGAGGCCUAUUCCAUGCCAGCUUGUAGACUCUUCUGGAAACACUGCGCUGGCUUGUUUAGGCUGCAUCCAUAUUUUCAGCUAAGCAGCUGUAUAUUCAGCAAAUGCCAACAGCAUAUUUUCUAAAGGGUCAUAGAAACCAGGCCACUCUGACUUCUAUGUUGUGUCAUUCAUUCCUAGUUAGCUUUGUCCCUCAACAAGAGAUGAAUUUAAGAGAACUGACUAGAAAAGACCAUGUGCUUUGUCAUGCUGCUGUGAUAAUAACCUAUUGAGAUGAAGCUUGAAAACGUCAAAAAACGUAUCACGAUAUAAUCGUUUCAUAUCAGUUUAUAAAGAUAGUUAUUGUUUUUUUUUUUUGUUUUAAAUAUCCAAAAUAUUGCCAGGCUGGUGACGUGACAUCUUUGACUGGUGACAUCUUUUAUCCACAAUUUCCUCCUUAGCUGUUGCAAUUAUUUUCUCUUUCUUGUACAUUUUUGUCAGCACACAGUUGAGAUAGGAAUGAGAUGUAGAGUUAUGGAUGGUGACGUGUUUGUAUGAAUGAAGAUGAUUCUGCUCCAGAUUGGCCUGUGGUCACUUGUUAUUGGCCAUUGACAGUGUUGUGAAUUUUUUGAGAAACAUGCUGAUGUUCAUAGGAUGCCAAUCCUAUCUCUGUUUGUUAGGAGCUGUUCUUGGUUCCUUGCAUUUAAAAAUGUACAGCAUUCUCAAUGUCUUGUGCUUUUUGAUAUCAAAAUCUUGAUACAGAUUCAGAAUAGGAGUUGAUGUGACGUUGCCAGCUGUGCUUUAUUUAUUAGUCAGUUCCUGGUAGGCUGUAAGAAUGUCAUGAGGUGACACCGUUUGGUCUAGAAAAGGACAUUUGUCAUGCAAGACCCAUCUGGUGUUCUUUCAGUUGCGUCAUCAAUUUGUUAAGGUGGAUCACCAAGACUUUAUUAAACUGAACAAAUGUUUAUACAUGUAAACCAAGUCUGAUAACGAAGCUAGUGUCCUCUAAAAGCUCCUGAAAGCGGAUUUAGUUUGGACAUAAAACCAUGGGCAAUCAAGAAACAUCCAAUCCACACAGGGAUCAGCCUCGGGAUGAGGGAGGGGAUUUACUACAAUAGCAAGAGUGUUGGGUCCUGCUGUCGGGACAGAACAUCAGGUUCAGCUUCAGCUGUGGGACAGGAUUAACUUAGGUUUAUCCCUUGACUCAUCAACUCUGAGUCAACAGCCGAGUGUUGAAUCAGAAUGAAACACACUUCUCUGUCACUUUCCCAGCUGGUAGGUUGCAAAUCUAUGCUCUGAUCUGCGACUAAGAUAGUCAGUGCAAUAUUAUUCUGCAGGUGAAUGCAUUGCUAGUUUAAAUUCCGUGAUGUAAUGAAUGACCGACAUUUUUUUUACUCAGAAAACCCAUACACCAUGAAUGUUUCUUCAUUAUGAAAGUUUAACAGAAAAAUUGACAAACUACAGUUUUGAGCUUGUUGAGGCAGCUCAUAAAGACAUUCACUUCUAGCCAUUGGUAGUUAAAUAAUACAGCAGAUUCCAUUAAAAUCAAUGUCAGGAUAGAAUGUGUUUAUUUGAAUAUAAAUGAUUUCAUAUUAUUUUGUCAUAAUCUGUCAAACACUUGUCUCAAUGAUAGAUUAUUCUUCCCAUAAAAUCAUUUUGUUAUAACAGAUCUAAAAAAUUAAGGAGGUACUGUGUAUUUCUCAGAUCAAAAUUUAUUUAGUCUCAAACAAAUUAUACCUAAAUUAAGGAUUAUGAGAAAAGCUAGCAGAAACUGCUAGCUUUUCAUAACCAGUAGCUAACAUAUCCAAAGUUAAUUUUACAACUGAAUAUCUUUUUGCUGCUGAUUUUCAAACACUAUUUAUUAUUUUAAAAUAUGGACACUAGUUCUUCACACUAAUCUUCUACAGCCAGAAGUUUUAAAAUAGGUUUUAAGUUUAAACCAAGAUUUAUUAUUCUCUGAAUUGUAUUUUUUGUAUCUAUUCCAAGUACGUUGACAAAAUCAGAAGUAUGGUGUACUAUUAUUAUUAUUAUUAUUAUUAUUAUUAUUAUUAUUAUUAGUUUCUGAAGUUAGAAAAUGAGAUUUACAAGCUGCUUAGUCAUGACUCCUGUGAAGAAGACAUUUAGAGUUGCUGCUGACAUUUUAAAAGUUUUCCGCUCUGUUUUUUCCCCCCAUCUUUUAUUCUUUAUUCUUGUCUCUCUCAGCAUCCCAGGAAGAGUGAAAAAUAAAAGGAUGACAGCUGGGCUGAUGACCAAGGCUGCUUGUUCCUGAGUCAAAGAUGUUUGCUCCCAAUUUGGAUUCAUCCCUCUGAAGGCGCCUGACCUGAUCCCAUCCUCCAUCACAGUCCCGCCUCUUCUUCUACUGUCCUGCCAUCCUUUAUUCUCCCUUCUCUGUCAUUGUCCCUCAGCAUGUCUCACACAUAGAGAGCGAGGCGAAAGCAGACUGUCGAGUUAGGCAAUAUAUCCUUGCUAUUUAUUUGGUUUCAGCAGGGCUAUAUGCAGCAAGGGGAAAGCAGUCAAAGUGACCCAGAAAAGAUGGGCCCCAGUUCAAAUCCUGCAGGUAGUGGAGGGAUGGAGCGUUCACAGGGCCCAGGGUUGAGGAGGGCCUCAUCUCUUUCUACACAUCCUUCUUUGAGUAAGAUGAGCCAAAACGCCAAGGAAAGCAUGGGGGUUUUUGGUCAGGGUUUGAAGCAACUGUUCCACCAUCAACGUAAACGCCUCUCCCGCUCUCGCUCCACCAUCCCUUCAUCAUCCUCCUCCUCAUCCUCCUCAGUGGUGUCAGCAGGCGGCGCUUCUCCCUCUGCUCCUCAGGACAUUUUGGGGUCCUGCACUUCUGACUUUGAUUGCCUGUCUGCUCCUGUGAUUUCUUCUGCAGCUGGACAGGGCUCAGGCGCUGCAGGCAUGAUUAGGCGUGGGACCAGCCUGCAGGCGCGACGCAGCAAGGGGUCCGGGUCUGGGAGUGGAGACCGGGACCCCCUUCUGAGAAGUAGCCCUCAGCCUCCGCAGCGACGGAACACCCACGACCCACAGCAGCAUGUUAGUCGCCCACGCUCCUCGUCCACCACCGACACCACACCCAGCAGCCCUGCACCUGCGCUCGGCGUAGGGGAUGUGGUGCUGUCGUCUGGGUACCAGUCUACUGAGGAAACGGACAGAAUUGACCGGCUAGAGGUGAGCGGGUUGGGCCAGACACCCCUCGCUGUUUCAUAUGGAGCAGACAGCUCUUUCCCUUCGGGUGAGGAUGGCACACCUGACCCUCAGCGCACAAAACAGGCUAUCGCUCAGCUGCAACAGAAGAUCCUCAAGCUCACAGAGCAGAUUAAGAUUGAGCAGACGGCAAGGGACGAUAAUGUUGCAGAAUACCUCAAACUAGCCAACAAUGCUGACAAACAGCAAAGCACGCGUAUCAAACAGGUGUUUGAGAAAAAGAACCAGAAGUCAGCGCAGACCAUCCAGCAGCUGCAGAGGAAGCUUGAGCACUACCACCGGAAGCUAAGGGAAGUGGAGCACAAUGGAAUCCCUCGCCAACCCAAAGAUGUUCUUCGGGACAUGCAGCAGGGCCUCAAGGACGUUGGUGCCAAAGUCAGCGGCUUUAGCGAGGGCGUGGUGGACAGCGUGAAGGGAGGCCUAUCCAGCUUCUCCCAAGCCACCCACUCUGCUGCAGGCGCUGUCGUCUCCAAGCCACGGGAGAUCGCCUCGCUCAUUCGCAACAAAUUUGGUAGUGCCGACAACAUCCCCAACCUCAAAGACUCGUUAGAUGACCCCUCGGUGGAAGAAGGGGUAACUGGUGGUGGCGGAAGAUCCCUGACCAAUGCUGGCCAUCAUCUCCAGUUGAGUCCCAAAUACAUAAGUGACGAUGACUGCUCUAGUGCUACUUCGGGUUCAGCUGGGGCAAACAGCACCACUGGGGCUCCUGGGGGUCCUCCAAGCUCUAAGGGGAACACACUGGAGAGAAGCCAGGGCUCCAGUUUAGACAUGCUGCUACAGGAGGUGCAGGACUUGAGGGACGGUCAGACAAGGCUCGAGGAGAGCCUGGACAGUUUGAAGAGCAACUAUCAGAGAGACUACACAGUCGUUAUGCAAGCUCUGCAGGAGGAACGCUUCAGGUGUGAGCGUUUGGAGGAACAGCUGAACGACCUGACGGAACUUCAUCAGAACGAGAUCCUCAACCUCAAACAGGAGCUGGCCAGUAUGGAGGAGAAGAUCGCCUAUCAGUUCUACGAGAGAGCCCGAGACAUCCAGGAUGCUCUGGAAGCGUGUCAGACCAGGAUCUCUAAGAUGGAGCUCCAGCAGCAGCAACAGCAGGUCGACCAGUUAGAGGGGCUGGAAAAUGCCACAGCCCGGACCCUCCUGGGAAAACUUAUCAAUGUCCUGCUGGCCCUUAUGGCCGUCCUUCUGGUUUUUGUCUCAACUGUGGCCAACUGUGUGGUCCCGCUGAUGAGGACGCGCUCACGCUCCGUCUCCACCAUCAUCGUUGUUCUCCUGCUUGCCUUCCUGUGGCGAAACUGGGACGCGCUGUCGGGGUACACGCAUCGUGCACUGCAGCCCCCGGGAUGACCAGAUUGGCGCUUUGCUUUGGUGUCGCCGGAUGAUUAUACUGUCACUGCAGUCACACAGGAGAUUCAGAGAAUGUGAUUACAUUGAGAUGGCUGCUUGGCCAUGCACUCUGAGCACGUUUGGACAUAACCUGGAACCAAGAUAGAGAGGAAGAGGUGGAGAACAGCUGAUGAUACUCAAACUGAGGAAGGAGAAAACUGUUUACAGUUCUAAAAUGAAACAAUAUGGUGUUAUCCCUCACAGGAUGCAAAACUCUACUGUUUUGUCUUUGGAGUUUAAUUGAUUAUAAUGUUAUUUCUAAUAAUAUUUAAUUUCCAUUGUUAUUUUAUUCAGUACCAUGUAGCAUUAUGACCUUCUCCUUUUACACAGAGGAGAAUUUAGUCAGGAAACUGGGCUGACGCCUCAGCCUAAAGGUUCAGUCUAAUUUUAGAGACAUGUGGGAAUGUGGUUGAUUGCUUUUAGGAGAAGAAGAGAACUCUUACCUUUCUGUGCUUGGUAGAUUUGAACUAUGGCUAUGAACUUUAUUGGGAGUUGGUCCAUUUUUGCUGUGAAGAACUGGUUCAGAAGGACUGAAUAUGGCUUUUGUGUCAUGAUAACUUAAGAUGAUGUUGUGUUUUCUUAGCAUUUCUGAUAGCUAAGAUCACCUGCUUUGAUUUAGCUCCCUUUUUAAGUGGAAGAAACUUGAUUAAUGAAGGUUAUGAAUGAUAGAUGAAGACUUAAGAAGACAUGCUGCUUGCCGUUUAAAAAGAAAACAACCCAUAAACAGAGAACAUCUGUUGAUUCUCAAGCAUCUGCCAUAUGUGUAACACGGAAACAAAGCCGCUUGUUGUCAUUAAGAAAAUUACAUGCAAACCGGUUUUGCUGCUAAAAGCAAUGACGGAGCGCUGUUGUCCAUCUAAAAUCAAUUUGGCAGGAUAAUUGCCUCCCACCUGCCAUAUUUGAUAUGAUCAGUUUAGGGAAAAGUGACCGCUGGUGCUCAUCCAGCCCCGUCUCGGCAGGAUCAGCAAUGAUGCUGCCUAAUAUCGACAGUGCAAGUAAUCUCCACUACAAUGCAAAUGCACACACUGUCUGUUUUUAACACUGUACUAAAACAUUCUCCCUGCAUAUGAACAGUUAUUUAUUUAUUUUUUUAGCACUAACUCUGUAUUUGUAAACACCCAGUGCCAAACUUGAGUUGAAACCGGGCUGACUGGCACAACUAAGGCAAUGCUCUGCACUUUUCACAUAUGGCAUGAAUGUACAUGAAUGUACAUCGUCAGGGACGCAGCUCCUAGUUCUCAAGUCAGAGGCUCUACAUGAUUUAGUAGAACCCCCCACACCGCCUCCUGGACUUUCAGUGGCAGAUUUAUGAGCUUGAUCAUCAAAACUGUACAGCCGCACUUUAGCACUGCUUGUGACAGCACGUGUCAGGCUGAAGUUUAACAAAUCUUCAAUAGAGAUUUGAAAAGGAAAAGUUGACUCACGUCAGGAUCACCCUCAUCGUGGUUUGACGAGAAAACCAACAAAGAAGAACUCAGAAGGUUUUGUGUCAAAAUCAUUGUAAACUCGGAUUCCCUCAAGAUAAACAGAUUUUAAAAAUGUAUAAUGUAUUUAUUCAUCUGUUCUAUUUUGGGAUGAGGAAAAGAGCAUUUGAGUUGAGUGAGCUGACCAUUAACCUUGCAUGACUUUUUCAAUAACACCUAUAAUGUAGGGUUGUGUGCUAAACCACUUCAGUGCCUUCUGAUGUCCUUUUCUAAGUGUGGAAUAAAUAAAGUGCAUUCCCAACUAA